GUGAUAUUUAUGAGUAAGCUCUAAGCUUUUAGUUGGUCUUAUAAAUCUGUAUAAUAAGCAAAAUGGUUACUAAAUAUGUAUUAUUUAUCAAAAACAAAACUUAUAUUUAUUAAUUUAUUUAUUUCUGAAUUUAUUUAUUAUUAUCUUAUUAAUUUGUUAGUUAUAAAGUAGAUCUAUUAUUUAUUUAAUUAGGUAGCCAAUAUCCAUAUUAUCAAGUAAAUGAGUGAAGAAAAAUUUGCAUUUAUCACUGAAUGGUAUGAUAAUAACGCAAGCUUAGUUAGGGUCUAUCAUUUAUAUUACUAUCUUCAUGAUGGAGCAUUAGAAAUGUAUGAUGCAAAAACUAAAAAGUUGUUCUUAAAGAAAUGCGAUUACCCUUCUAUAUAGUUAAAAGAUUUAUAUAUAGGAGCGAUAGUCAAUAUCUUCAGUAGAUAGCAUAAAAUUGUUGACUAUGCAGAUAACUUUACAAGAAACAAUUUCGAUUAAUAAAGAUAAAAGACUUUAGCUUUGAUUAAACCUGAUGCCUAUACAAAUAUAGGAAAAAUAAUAUAAGCAAUUGAAGACAAUAAUUUUACGAUAAAUAACUUAAAGAUGUGCAAAUUAAAUCUAAGGGAUGCACAAGAAUUUUAUGCUGAGCAUAGAGGAAAACCAUUUUAUGAUGAGUUAACAAAUUAUAUGUGCUCAGAUUUUAUAGUGGCAAUAGAACUAGUAGGAAAUGAUUGUAUUAAUUAAUGGAAAAAAGUUAUGGGACCAACAAAUUGCUAAGUAGCAAGGGUAGAUGCACCUUAAAGCUUGAGAGCUAUAUUCGGUUAAGAUGGAGUGAAAAAUAGUUUGCAUGGAAGCGAUUCAGCUACUUCUGCAAAGAGAGAACUUGACUUUUUCUUUUCUAAGCAAUCACAACUAAAGAAAACUGCUAUAUUUAAAAAUUGCACAUGCUGUGUUAUCAAACCACAUAUUGUUAAGUAAAAGCUAUCUGGUAAAAUUAUAGAUAUAAUCUUAUCAGAAGGUUACGAAAUAAGUGCUAUGCAAUCUUUCUUCUUAGAUCGCCCUACUUCUGAGGAAUUUUUAGAUUUAUAUAAAGGAGUUCUUCCAGAUUUCAUUUAGAUCGUUGACCAUUUAGCAAGCGGAUUGUCAAUAGCAUUAGAAGUUAGAUAAGAAAAUGUAGUACAAAAUUUUAGAGAAUUAUGUGGUCCAUUUGAUCCAUAAAUAGCAAAGUAAAGCAAGCCAAACAGCAUAAGAGCCUAGUUUGGUAUAGAUAGAGUACGUAAUGCAGUUCAUUGCACAGACUUACAAGAAGAUGGCUUAUUAGAGGUUGAGUUCUUCUUUUGUAUUUUGUAAAAUUAAUGAGUUAAAAUUAUUUAUUUUCAAUGACAUGUUAAAAAUUAUUCAUUUUUGUAUUAGAGUGUAAAUUGUUUAAAUAAGAAAAUAUAUUUUAGUUUCCUUUUGUAAAAAUUAAUUUUAAAAUUAAACAAAUAUUG